AUGGAGCUGAAGGUGAGAGGGAGAUUGUAUGAGAGGAAGACCUCAAUGGUCUUUAGUAAAAAUGUUGACAAGGACUUGCAAACAGAAAUUAUGCAGCUUUGGGGUGGAAGUUCUACACAGCAGUAUGAGAAAUAUUUGGGGCUACCACCGAUGGUUGGGAGAUCAAAACAACGGGCUUUUCUGAGAGUGGGAAACGGUAGGAGUGUUAGAGUCUUUCGCGACUCUUGGAUACCUGGUUGCGGCUGGGAUGAGUUUCAGGAAGCUGUGGGGCAGAUAAAUGAAGAUACUUUGAUGGUUCAUGAAUUAAUCGAUGAAAGUACAGGUAUUGGGAUUAUCCUUCGGGAUGAUCAAGGCUGUGUGGUUGCUACUUGUAGUAAGUUAGAAGAUGAUGUUGUUUCUCCGAAAUUUAUUGAGGCAAGUGCCAUGUUGAGGGGUUUACAAUUUUGUGCUCAAUGGGGUGUUCAAAAAUUGGUGUUGGAAUCGGAUUGCUUGAUUCUUGUUCAGAUUCUACAUGUGAACAGGCUAGGCAAUGCAGCUACGCACCAAUUAGCAAGGCAUGCAUGGAAUGUUGAGGAUAUGGAAUCAGCAGAAUUCACAGUCUACUGGCUAUAUGCCCACUUGCCUGCUCUUGAGGCACCUUGGUUCGAUGUCAGUAUAGACUUUAUGUUGGGCUUACCCCGAACCCAACGGUUCAUGGAUUCUAUUUUGGUUGUGGUUGACAGGUUUUCGAAGAUGGCUCAUUUUGUAGCUUGCAGGAAAACAGUGGAUGUUGCUCAGAUCGCUCAUCUUUAUUUCAAUGAGAUUGUUUGCUUACAUGGUGUUCCCCGAUCAAUCACUUCAGAUCGUGACACCAAGUUCAUGAACCAUUUCUGGAAGAGUUUAUGGAAGAAACUGGGGACAAAGUUGAAUUUCAGUAGCGCCUACCACCCCCAAAUAGAUGGUCAGACUGAGAUGGUGAACUUGAGUUUGGGCAACCUUUUGAGGAGUUUGGCUGGAAAUAAGCAAAAGCAAUGGGAUCUGGCUCUUUCCCAGGCAGAAUUUGCCUAUAACAGAUCCAAGAACAGAACCACAUGA